AUGUGCUCCCAGACAGGGGGCUGUGGGCUGGUUCCCUCUGCAGAUGGUGUGUAUCUCCUCCACACUGAGAAUAGUGUCAUCUACCAGACCUUCUGUGACAUGACCUCUGGAGGUGGCGGCUGGACCCUGGUGGCCAGCGUGCACGAGAACAACAUGCUGGGGAAGUGCACGGUGAGCAACCGCUGGUCCACUCAGCAGGGCAGCAGGGCAGACUACCCAGAGGGGGACGGCAACUGGGCCAAUCACAACACCUUUGGGUCUCCAGAGGCAGCCACCAGCGAUGACUACAAGCUUGGUAACCCUGGCUACUAUGACAUCCAGGCAGACCUGGGCACCUGGCAUGUGCCCAACAAGUCCCCCCUGCAGCAGUGGAGGAACAGCUCCCUGCUGAGGUACCGCACCAGGAAUGGCUUCUUGGAGACUCUGGGACAUAAUCUGUUCGGCCUCUACCAGAAAUACCCAGUGAAGUAUGGUGCAGGGAAGUGUUGGACUGACAACGGCCCAGCCGUCCCUGUGAUCUACGACUUCGGUGAUGCUCAGAAAACUGCAUCUUAUUACUCACCACUUGGUCAGAGUGAGGAAUUUGUUGCAGGAUUUGUCCAGUUCAGAGUGUUUAAUAAUGGGAAAGCAGUCAAUGCCCUGUGUGCUGGGGUGAGAGUUACUGGCUGCAACACUGAGAACCACUGCAUCAGUGGAGGAGGAUUCUUCCGGGAGGGCAACCCCAGGCAGUGUGGGGAUUUCUCCUCCUUUGAUUGGAAUAGAUACGGAACUCACACUGGUUACAGCUGCAGCCGGGAGAUAACUGAGGCAGCCGUGCUCUUGUUCUACCGAUGAGAGCUCUGUAGUUGGAGACUAGGAACCUGGAUACUCCGAAGUGGAAAAGCUGCAAUGCUAACAAGGAGGA